AUGUCACAUGAAUUGCAUUAUUCUUCUAAUAAUGUCAGGUCCUUCUUUGACGAUUUUCCAGACUUCGUUCAGGACCCUUCUGCCCCGAUCAGCGCGGAAUUUGCUCGUCUAGCAGCCCACAGACAAUGGAAAAAGGGAGCCAGAUCGAAGACCUACGAACGCAACUGGAGCAAAUGCAUCAGAAUGGAAUUUGAUAAUUUCUAUGGAAAAGAAUACACCAAAUUGGAAUCUUGGCAGAAUAUCUGCACUGAAGUGGGCAUUGAGCCCCUUUCGUCAGUCACCAAGUGUAAGAAGGCACUAUCCAAGGUCAAUGUGAACCUCGUGAAUCUGAUAGACUGCCGCACGACUGGCGAAAAACCUCUUUUGUUUCCGUCUUUGGAUGCCCUUCGAAAGUAUACCAGGAAGAGGGGCAGGGCUUUUCCAAGGGAAGAAGCUAAGGAAGACGGCUUCAUCAAGAUAUUACUGAAGAGAAUAUAUUGA